AUGAACACAAUCCCUCACUAUACUAAUGGCAUUAUAACCAGCGGUAAUGAAAAGAAUGAACAUUUCAUUCGUGCAUUUCAAUGCUUUUUUGAAUUGUUUUCCAACCCUAAUCUGAACUAUCAAAGUAAAUUCAUAAAUGCUGUAAAGUAUGCGAAUAUACCACAAAGUGAAACAUUCUCAAAUGUUCUAAGUGGAUAUAAACUGUGCAGUUCUGCUGAUGAUAUUAAUAGUUCUGCUGCAAUGAUCGAUAUUGUGACAAGUACUUAUGACAAGAUAAGAACCAGUACCAAUGAUUACAUCAAUCAUAACAACUACAAUUCUAAUGAAAAUCUACACCAGUCAUCGAAUUCAUUUCUGUCAGGAUUGCAUAAAACAUCGAGAGGUCAACUUACUGCACAUCUAAUGGAAAAGACUACCAACGCACAUGUGUGUAACACUAAAUACCGGAAAUUUAACGAACCUUUAACAAAAAUGUCCUAUGACAAUUUAAAAGUCGAAGAAAAUUUGCACGAAAAUCCCUUGGACUUGAGUAUGUCAUCUAAUCUUAAUAUUUCACCUACGAAACCCAUCAUCACUGAAGCACAUAAUAGUAUGGAGAUGAUUGAUAAAAACCAAAAGUUAUCAUUAUUCCAAUUAGACUGUGAAUACAUCUAUGGUAAUGAAUGCAGAUCUGCUAGGACAAUGCAGUUAUCAAACAACUGUAUGACAAAAAGAAACGAUCACUAA